AUGGUUGAACCUUGCUUUUCAGUCGAAAUAAAUCAUACUAUUGGAGACAAUUACCUUAAGAUAUUUCAAGAGGCACGCGUCUGUAUUGAGAAGUGUCACCUUCCUACUCCUGGCCUUAGUCCUGAAUCAAUUCGAUCCACUCUUUCUCCUCCACUCUUAUCUUCAUCUUCUCAGAACUUAUCAGGAUUUGAUAUCUGCAACAAUUCUGUUGUCGAAAGUAAAGAACAUCACAAGCAUUCAUUACUCUCAAAGGAUUCUCUCCCGAAAUCACCACUUCAGAUUUCAGAAAAACACUUCAAGCGAACAUGGGACAAUUCUCAUUCGAACCCUGCUUUCCCCUCGGUUUCCACUUCACAAACUUGUUUAAAUCAUAGUCCAGUUUCCUUACCUGCCCCUUCAUUUGAAGCAAAAGCUACCACUUUGUCAAUCGAAACAAGCCUUCCGAACACUACUCUCGAGACAGACCGCCAAUCGCUUCAGGGCCUCGUCUUCAUGCCGAAGAGACAGAGACGAACUUCCGAUUCUUCUACGGACACUGUGGUUUCAAUUUCAACAUCGUCCGCUUCCUCUGGCAGUGUUGUCUGGGUUCCAGUCACUCGAUCUGAUUUGGUUAAUCAACAGAGCCUUACUAAAAUUGACUCUAGUAACAGUCAUCAAGAGGCAAAUGACGAGGCCAGACGUGAAAAAAGAAGGAAGAAAAGAAAGGAGCGUAAAAUGCGCAGAAAGACUAAGAAAUUAAAACGAUUAAGGAGGAUGAUGAUGCAAAAGCCAUUCGAUCCGGUCUCUCUUUCGCAUGUUGCUUGUCACCCUAAUGUAUAUUUAGAAUUAAAGACUAGAAAGCCAUUAAAAUUGAAUAGUCUGGAACAAGAAAGGCAUCGGUCUAGCUCAAAGCUUGAUCGUGUAAAGAAGAAAAAGAAAAAGCCAGUUGAUCCUCUCAACCACAAUUCUUCUAUCUACUUCCAUACCUCGACUUAUAAUUUCCCCCAAAUGGCUCACGCAAGAUCCCGUGCUCCUUACUGA